UAGCGAAAUCAUUGCUAAUUGUAAAUGCUUUAUAUAUAAAAUUUAUCAAAUUAAACCAAGGCAAAUGAUAAAAUCUUCAACAAAUCGGUUUUGUGAAGUUGUGGUUACCGUUGCCAUGACAACAAAUUAUGCAACAUAACACAAACAAAUGCACCGUUUCAGUAGUUUGGGAUAGUACGGAAUACGGAAUCGUAUUGAAGGAAUUGAAAAGAUGAAAUUCAAGACGUACAUUUCUAAAGAUUCUAAGCUGAAAGAAGCUAUUGCUACUCUUGGUUGGAGCAACAAUGAAGACAUAUACAGUUGCAGUGAAGAUCAGCAGGUGUACAAGUGGAGUUCGACUAAUCGAGAAAUGGUCCAAGUGGCUAAACUUCCCGACGGAUUCAUAUCAACAGAUUUGCAUUGGCUAAUUGGUAAAGGGUCCGGAUUAGGAACACCUGGAGCAAGCGCAGCAAGUGGCAGCAAAGGUGGAGAGUCCUUGCUGAUAGCCGGCGCGGAUGGUCGGUUUGUAAUAUUGAAUAAAAGUGCACGUAUCGAACGAAAUGUAUCGGCACAUACCGGACCGAUUGUGACUGCUCGCUGGAGCCCUGACGGUGCCGGUUUGCUUACUGCCGGUGAGGAUGGUAUCAUCAAAAUUUGGUCCCGCUCAGGGAUGCUACGUUCGACAGUUGUGCAAAAUGAAGGGCAAAUUCGAUGUGCUAGAUGGUCCCCCAAUGCUGCGGCAAUCGCGUAUUGCCAAGGUCCGUUUGUUGCUAUUAAACCGCUUGCUGCAAACAGUAAGCUAACGAAAUGGAGAGCACACGAAGGGUUGAUCCUGUGUCUGUCAUGGUCCAACAAUACCAGUAUGAUCGGAACAGGUGGCGAGGACUGUCGCUAUAAGAUAUGGGACACAUUAGGAACGAAUAUUUAUACGAGUGUCGCUGAUGAUUAUGCUAUCACAUCGAUUGAUUUCUGUCCUGAUGGAGAAUUACUGGCGAUUGGUGGAUUCAAUAUGCUGAAGCUUUGCCAUUAUACAGGGUGGAGCCACAGUAUCGUAAGGUUUAAUCAGCAAGUGACUGGAUCGCUGUUUAACAUAGUUUGGUCCGCAGAUAGUACACAAAUAGCCUCCUCUACUAGCAGUGGAUCUUUACUCUUUGGUCACAUUAUCGAACGUGAGCUAAGAAACCGAAAUCUGAAAGCAAUCACCACGGGACGUAAAACGAUCCAAUUGCAAGACAUUGUUGCACACACAAGUGACACGUUGGAUUUCUCUGAGAGGAUCAUCAAAUGGGAGCUAGGAUAUGGUCAUUUAGUGGUGGCUACGGUACAUCAAGUGCACAUUUUCAACGAACAUUACAUCAACACUCCGAUCAUCAUAGACGGUCGAAGUGACAUUCGCAUCAUCAUGCUUGGGAAGAAACACUUCAUUUUGGUUGACUACAACUCCAUCUGGAUAUACACGUACACUGGACGGUUACAUUUGAAUCCUCGGUUUCCUGGGUCUCAAGCGCAAAUACCACAUCUGAAUGGACGUUGCAUAUCACUAGGAAUGGAUUCCUUAGCCAUACGCGACCAUUCAGAUCAAACGAUCGUGCAUGUGUUCGAUCUGCUACCUGGUGCUACGCGCCAGGAAGAACCGUACAGCAUUCACAGCAAAUCUCCCAUAGUCGAGGUAGCGGUAUGCCGUUAUGGUAAUCCAGACGAUCAGUAUCUAGUGUUUAUUGAUGCCAAUCAAGAUUUGUACAUCACAAGCGUACAUAGUGGGCCGGAGUAUGUGAUGCACAAAAUUGGAACCCAGGUUACAACAACGAUGUGGUCCUCUGAUACAAAUAUUUUGGUAGGAUUGCACGACCUCAGUUACAGUGUUUGGUAUUGCCCUGGGGAGGCCUGUGGAGAUCCAACGUUAAUUGCGCUGACCACAUUUACAUACGACACAAGCGAAUUUGGGAAAAACAUAACUUUAGAGAAUUUUGAAGGAGCAAACAUAACGUUUCGCAGCUCGGGUGCGAUAUUUACUAUAUCGGUGAAAACCUACUGCGUGAUUCUUCACAAACUGUUCGCUGAGAACCAGUGGGAACGGGCCCUAAAGCUAUGUCGCUUAGCACAGAAUCAUCUGCUAUGGGCGACUUUAGCAGCGAUGGCAUCGAAGCGUAAUCAGUUGGAAAUCAGUGAGGAAGCAUUUUCCGCAUCAUUGCAAAUUGAUAAGGUGAACUACUUAAACUAUAUUAAAUCGCUGCCCCUUUCAAGCCCAGAACACAUGGCAGAAAACUCGAUUAUGAAUGGUCGCAUUCAAGAGGCAGAAAUCAUUCUCAUGCACAACAAGCGUAUUCCGGAAGCGAUUCGAUUUUGUCUACGUAUGCAUCGGUGGAACAAAGCACUAGAAGUGGCAAUUAAGCACGACAUAGAUGUGCAGUUGGUACUGGAAGAACGUAGGAAAUAUCUGCGGGCUUUGGAACGAGAGGAAAACGAUGAACAGUUCCUAGCUUUGGACGAACGUCUCGACUAAACACUAAAGAUGCAUAACAAAGUGAAUUUUAUCUCUUUAUGGUUUUUAUUGAGCCCCAAAGAACUUUUUAACUCGUAACUCAGUUGAACUGAUCAUAUUGGACGGUCUGUAAAGUACUGGUGAUGAUCGCUUCGCAAUUAAAUCUCAACAGGACCACUCGCAUCAGCUAAUUAUGGGUAACUUUCGUCACAGAAAAUAGGCCAAAGCUGAUUAUAACAAUAUAACAAAUAAAAAAAACACCAACGAUGUUGUAAAAUAUAAAAAAAUACAUUCUGUGAGAAAUGUAAAUUGUUUUCUGUUAAAAAAUGCAACUGAUUUGUUCGAAAUUCAAAUUGGAGAAAUGUCAAAAAACACCGUUAAAAUUAGGAACAGACAUU